ACUUGUGAUUUUGUGAACUAAAUAAAAAAAAAUCAUCACUUCUUUCAUUUUUAUUUAAUAUUAAUAAUAAUAUCUCCGGGAAUUUCACCGGAAAAUCAUGGCCGGAGCUUUGAAUUUCACUCCAAUUCCUAUUUUCCGGCCGAAUUCCGGCCGGAAAAUGCCGAUAAACUCAUUUCGAAUUAGGGCUUCGACGGAAAUCUCAGAAUCGACAGUAGAUUCGAGCUCUCAAGGUGGUUUAAAUGCCGGAGCUUCGACAUCAAACCCUAAUUUUUCGGCGCCGCCGAAUUUUAAGCCGCCGGAGCCGAAGCGGUUCGGUAUUAGACCGGAUAAGACUCUCGAUAUUCUUGGCGCUUCUCUCUCUCUCAUCUUUCGAUUGGGUACCGGCGUUUUUGCUGAUGGGUAUUCUGUUUCCCUUGUUUCAAAGGAUGAAAUCCCAUCCGACCAAUAUGCUCUGGAAAUUGCUGGUUUCAAGUUGAAGGAGAGCUCAAAAUUAGGACCACGUCCUGAAAACCCUAUUGAGAUAUAUGAGUUUGAAAGUUGUCCCUUCUGUCGAAAGGUCAGGGAAAUUGUAGCAGUGUUGGAUCUUGAUGUUUUAUACUAUCCUUGCCCUAGAAAUGGGCCAAACUUCCGUCCGAAAGCAGUUCAGUUGGGUGGAAAGAAGAUGUUUCCUUACAUGGUGGAUCCUAACACUGGAGUGUCUAUGUAUGAAUCAGAUGAUAUUAUUAAGUAUUUGGUCAACAAAUAUGGUAAUGGUCAAGUCCCUCUUUUGUUGUCGCUAGGCCUACUUACGACCUUAACUGAAGGAUUUGCGAUGAUUGGGCGCAUGGGUAGAGGAUCAUCUUAUACUCCAGCAAAAAUGCCACCCAAGCCACUUGUCUUGUGGGCAUAUGAGGGUUCUCCCUUCUGUAAAGUUGCUCGUGAGGUGCUUGUGGAGUUGGAGUUGCCACACAUUCAACGCAGCUGCGCUCGUGGCAGCCCCAAAAGACAGGAUCUGUAUGCAAGAGUUGGUCAUUUUCAGGUGCCUUAUUUAGAAGAUCCAAAUACCGGAGUGCAAAUGUUCGAGAGUGCUGAAAUAGUAGAUUACUUAAAAGCAACAUAUGCUCUUUAGUAGCAGAUAUUCUCAGGCGAAAGAAGGUGUCGCAGGUUCUACUGGAGCACAGGUUAUUUUAUCUGAUGAGGAGUUCAGCCAUUGAGGACUCUAAGAAGGCUAAGGCAAUGUUAUACAAUGUUUCAAAUCCUUCCCCAAAUCUCAAACAAAAUCAACAAAAAGAAUGAAAAGGUGACAGGGGACUGUAACAGAGAAGAAUUUCAAUCUUAUAGAAAGUUAAGCAGCAACAGUCUUUGUACUAGGGCAACAUGAUUCUUAAUCUUGAUCCACACUUGAAGAAUAUUUCGAUUUUAUGGUUCGAUGAAGGGAAUGUAUGUUCAUCUUUGGUAGACAAUUAUUAUCUGCUCUAAACAUCCGAUAUUAUGAUGUUAACCUAGAACCUAAGGCUAUUUCAGUCUGUUUCUCCCUGCCUUUUAUAAUUCUUCCUA